AUGGCUCAGCGAUUGUCCCGCCGUAUUAAAUUUGCUGACAUAGUCCUUCACCUCCUGCUCCACCUUGUCAAACCCCUGUUUGCCCUGGUUAUCGCUGAUGGUCUUGUCCGCGUCAAUCUUCCGAUACCCCGGCACUGGCGGCCUCUCGAUGGGAUCCGUGUACGCGACGGUGAACCCCUUCUUCUCCAUGAACUCCGCGAACGCUUUGGUGAUCUUCUGUGCCUGAUCGUAGCGCCGGGCGUCGGCGUGGGCCCGGAGCGCAGCUAUCAUCUUAUUGAUCCGGUCAUCGGCCGGCGUUUUGCCGUCGGCGUGGAGCUUGGCAAUGGCCUUGGUGCCAAUAUCCUCGGCCUCCGACAUGACCGUUUUGAACGUAUCCGGCUGUUCCCAGCCCUUGAAGAUCUUGACAUUGAGAAAGUCGCCCUUGAAGCCAGACUUGUCGAACUCGGUGCUGAAGACCUUCAGGUCCGCGCCCUCGCCGAUGUGAGCCCAGUCAACCUUGUUAAAAUCGGGCACAUCCACGAGCUUCGGUUUUUGGCCCUUGGGCGGCUUGAUGAUUUUGCCGUUUUCGUCGCGCUCCGGCUCUUUCUUGACCCGGCAGACUUCCCUGAUGAAGGCCUCCAUGUCGCAGACGACGCCGGCCUGGGCGCAGCCGGGCGCCAUGCGCGAGUUGGCGAGGCCGUGGGCGUCGACUUCCAGCCGGUACAGCUGGUAGAAGAAGAGGGCUUGGUAUUUCCCGGCCACUUGGUUAGCCGUGACGCCGGCGGCGAGGAAGACCGCCAGAAACAGAAGUGGGAGCAUGACUCUUUCUUUGGUUUCUACCAAAGAAGAAAGACAGGAAGAAAGAAAUAUGCAAGGAUGCAAUGUCCAGAAAGGAAUUACAAAAGACGGCCCCCCAGGGAAGUAAGGGCCGGCGGUCGACUAAGACCAGAUCUCUUAACAUUACUUUCCUGCCGACUCCAAGGUCUCUUGAACAAGCAUCCCGCCAGCCAAGACCUCACCCUGAGAGCCUCAUGCUCUAUCAAGGGGUGGGGGCCGCGGAUCAAGCGGCUCUACGAAAGUGAUUGUAACGAUAGUAUAGUUCCUGUCUGA